AUGGCGGUGCGGCGGAAGGCCCAGGUCACUCCGGUGUACUGGGUCCCCCGCCUACGUCUUCUCACCUCCCUCAUCAUCUCCAACUCCCAAGGCUACCGCCGCUCGGCUCCUCUCCACCUACCUCUCUCCCUCCGAUCCGGAAUACCUCAAUCUCCCCCCUUAUACUCCGUACCUCCCGCCGCUAUCCUAUUAGUCGGUGUGUUGGGCACUCCAUCAAGAUACCCGCCCGGCUGCAAUGUGUGA